CUUACUUGAGAGUUAGGCACGGUUUCGAUUCCAUUUGGCUCAUCACGCUCGAGAUAAAUUAAUCGCCAUUUGGAUAGAGAAAGUGAGAGAAAGUGGGAGAGAAAAUGUGGUUGUUUUUGAGAAAAGGACCUUCUGGGUUCUCGUCUUCUUCCACAGCUGAAGAAGUCACUCAGGGAAUCAAUGGCACUGGUCUCACUGCCAUUGUUACAGGAGCAUCAAGUGGUAUUGGCACUGAAACAUCCCGAGUUCUUGCAAUGCGUGGUGUCCAUGUCAUCAUGGGUGUAAGGAGUGUGUCUGCAGGCAAAGAGGUUAAAAAUGCUAUUUCUAAGGAAAUUCCCGCCGCUAAGAUUGAUGCCAUGGAGUUGGAUCUCAGUUCAAUGGCAUCUGUGAGAAAAUUUGCAUCAGAGUACACUUCCUCGGGUCUUCCACUAAACCUUCUAAUUAACAAUGCAGGAAUAAUGGCGACUCCCUUCAUGCUUUCCAAAGACAACAUAGAAUUACAGUUUGCCACAAACCACAUAGGUCAUUUUCUGUUGACAAGUCUGUUGUUGGACACCAUGAAGAAAACAGCACGCAAAACCAAAAAAGAGGGAAGAAUUGUAAAUGUUUCAUCUGAGGCUCACCGGUUUCCUUAUCGUGAAGGAAUUCGGUUUGAUAAAAUCAAUGAUCAAGCAGGGUACAGCGGUGUAAAAGCAUAUGGACAAUCAAAGCUUGCUAACGUUUUGCAUGCUAAUGAACUUGCAAGGCAAUUAAAGGAAGAUGGGGCAGAAAUAACUGCAAAUUCACUUCAUCCCGGGGUAAUUACCUCCAACCUCUACCGUCAUCAAAGCUUUGUUGAAGGUCUUUUUAAUACGCUUUGGGUAUUUCUGUAAGAUGUUCAGCAGGGGGCGGCAACGACAUGUUAUGUGGCAUUGCAUCCGCAAGUCGAGGGAAAAAGUGGUGAAUAUUUCAGUGACAGCAACGUGGCCAAAGCAAGUGGACACGCUAUGAAUGUCGAGUUGGCAAAGAAACUCUGGGAUUUCAGCAUGAACUUGGUUAAGUAAUGUACUCCUAAUUUCACAAAAUCCACUGUACCUCAAAAAUAAGAAUAGUACAUAAGCUAGUUGAAUGGUGUUUGCACUGCUUUGUUAACAAAGAACAAUCUGGUAAAUCCUUGAAUUGUAUUCUACUUGCUUGGUUUGGAUUUUUAAAAA